AGUGCUGCACAGUAAACAGACGAAAAUCGAUGAACUGGAACAACAAUUGAAGGACAUCGAACAACAAGAAUCUCAGUGGAAGGUUAAUAGUUCAAUCACCUUUUCUCCUUGCUCUAGCUUGUGCAUGUUCAUAUUGAACAAGAAACAUUCAUUCAUUUUUGUUUAUUGAAGGCGAAAUAUGAACGAGAAUGUCAUCGAAGGGAAUCUUUACAAAAAAAAUUACUUGAACUGGAAAAAGAAUUACAAAAUCGACAAUGUCAAUCGAUACUUCUUGGACAGUUACAAACUGACGUUGAACGUCUUCACAUCGCGUUCAAUGCACUCGAAGCUGAAAACAAUCAACUAACAGCACAAUUAUCUUUGGUACAGAACAGUUGUCCUUCAUCCGCACGUCUUUCAUCCCAACUCGAAAAAUUCCGACAUGAACUAGCGCAAACCUGCCAUGAAUCGCUAUGUUGA